AUGGAGCCAGGCACCUGGGCGAACAGGACAACUGUCACUGAGUUCAUCCUUCUUGGCCUGACAGAAAACGUAAGACUGAAACCCAUCCUUUUUGUCGUCUUCCUCUUUGCCUAUGUACUCACCAUAGGGGGCAACUUCAGCAUCCUGGCUGCCAUCUUUGUGGAGCCCAAACUCCACACUCCCAUGUACUACUUCUUGGGGAACCUAUCUCUGCUGGACAUUGGAUGCAUCACUGUCACUGUCCCUCCAAUGCUAGCAUGUCUCCUGCCCCCCCAGUGCAGAGUCCCCUACGCUGCCUGCAUUUCACAGCUCUUCUUCUUCCACCUCCUGGCCGGUGUGGACUGUCACCUCCUGACAGCCAUGGCCUAUGACCGCUACCUGGCCAUCUGCCAGCCCCUCACCUACAGCACCCGCAUGCGCCGUGAAGUCCGGGGUGCCCUGGUGGCCAUUUGCUGCACUAUCUCCUUUAUCAAUGCUCUGACUCACACAGUGGCUGUGUCUGUGCUUGACUUCUGCGGCCCUAAUGUGGUAAACCACUUCUACUGCGACCUCCCACCCCUUUUCCAGCUCUCCUGCUCCAGUAUCCACCUCAAUGGGCAGCUGCUUUUUGUGGGGGCCACUUUCAUGGGGGUGUUCCCCAUGAUCCUCAUCUCAAUGUCUUACGCCCACGUCACAGCUGCAGUGCUACGAAUCCGUUCAGCAGAGGGGAGGAAGAAGGCCUUCUCCACGUGUGGCUCCCACCUCACCGUGGUCUGUAUCUUUUAUGGAACUGGCUUCUUCAGUUACAUGCGUCUGGGCUCAGUGUCAGCCUCAGACAAAGACAAAGGGAUUGGGAUCCUCAAUACUAUCCUCAGCCCCAUGUUGAACCCACUCAUCUAUAGCCUCCGGAACCCUGAUGUGCAGGGCGCCCUGAAAAGGGUGCUGAUGGGGAAGCGGCCUCCUGAAUGA